GCGGCCAACUCUGCCAUUAGAAAGUGUGCUCGAGUGCAAUUGAUCAAGAAUGGGAAGAAGAUUGCAGCCUUUGUGCCCAAUGAUGGUUGCUUGAACUUCAUUGAAGAAAAUGACGAGGUUCCGGUUGCUGGAUUUAGCCGAAAAGGGCAUGCUGUUGGAGAUAUUCCAGGAGUUCGAUUCAAGGUUGUCAAGGUAUCAAGGGUGUCCCUUUUGGCUCUCUUCAAAGAGAAGAAGAAGAAGCCAAGGUCUUGAUCAAUUCUAUUUUGAAAAUCCUUCUUUGCCUCGGUAGGUUCUUCACUUAUAAAUUUUAGAAGCUGAAUGCGAUUUUAUAUGUAGUUUUUGUUCACCUUGAUUGUUACAUUCAAGCAGGAUGAUUUUAGAUGCCCCCUUGAUGGGCUUGAAUGUUAAAUGAAGCUCGACUAGUUGAAUUAAAUUAAAUUUAGUUAAUAAUUAAUUAA